AGCUCCGACCCACUCAGCAACGCCAACUACAUCCCCGGGGCAAGCGUCACCCUCAGCCUUCGCAACAUCUGAGCGUCUCUCAACUGGUCGUGCAAACCUUAGAUGCGCCUACAUUAGAAGCGGCAUUUUUGAGUAUUCCCGCCGGUCAUUGCACAGACGGCGCACAUUCACAAGCAGCAUCCGACCCGGCGCAGCUACAACCCCGCGGUCCCUGGCUUUCCCGCACCAUCCCGCGAAACUUAAGAGGCAGGAGACCUGAGCAGCGCAGCACUGUUUGUUGCCAUUGCGCGCGCUUGCGCAUUCCUGCUUUCAUCCCACCCAUGCUUGCGUAUAGCUUUUCACCUCAUCUUUGUCAUAAUCGCACUUAAGACACCCGGCACGAUGUGGAAUGAUGAAGACAACAACCCGUACGGCGGGAGCUUUGAGCGCAGAGACUCCUUUGCGUCCUCAGCCAACCCUUCCUCGCCUGUUACCCACGACUACGCUCAAUACGACGCUCCAAGCACACCCUCUAGUACAGGAGAUGAAGCUCCUCCCCGACACGAGUCAACAGAUGUCGACAGCGAAGAGGACGGGAGCACCCGCUCCCAGGGCGAACUGGUGCCACGAACCAAGCCUGGCGGAUAUGACAGCCGCGUCGAGCAAAUGCUUUACGAGAACCCACAACUGCCCAUCCUGAUUACCGAUGCGGGAAAGAGCACAGAAAGUGGGAGAUAUAUCGUCUACACAAUCAAGACCGGAGAGCUUAUAGUCCGUCGCCGUUACUCAGAGUUCGCGUCGUUGCGAGAUGCUCUUACAAGGCUACACCCGACCCUCAUCAUACCUCCCAUUCCAGAGAAGCACACCAUGGCUGAUUAUGCCGCCAACCCUACCAAUGCAAAGCAAGACCAGCAAAUAAUCGACCUCCGGAAACGCAUGCUGGCCGUCUUCCUCAACCGGUGCCGGAGGAUGGAGCAGGUCCGCACAGAUGGCGUGUGGUGGCGGUUUCUGGACCCCAACUCCAGCUGGAAUGAAGUACUACACUCUCACCCAAUAGCAUCAAUUCCCAAAUCAAUCAUGAAGGCGCCGCCGCUGGAUCCGGCGAACCCAACUCCGGGUCACGAGUUUCUACCUUUACCAGCCAAUUCUGCAAAGCUUAGGUCGAUCCCUGCGGCACCAGCGCCCGAGAGCUCAGCGGGCGCACAGGUGUUCGCUCGCUUUCCACCGGACAGUCACAAUCUCAGCGAGCAGGAGCUUGACCCUUACUUUACCGCGUUCGAGACGUCAGUCAGGGAACUUGAAUCGCUACUCAUGGGCUCGAUGGAAAAGGUGAACCGGCGGACACUUACCCAUUUGUCCUCGUUGGCCUCGGACCUGUCGGAGUUGGGCGCUAGAUAUAAUGCCUUUGCACUCUCAGAGCCCAUCGCGUCGCUCUCGCCCGCCAUCGAGAGGAUAGGGCAGGCAGCCGAUUCUUCCUACAUCGCCACCGAGGAGUUGUCCAGCUCACUGGGUGCAAGCUUCGCCGAGCCCAUGCGCGAGAACGCGCAGUUUGCAGGCGUCAUUCGGAGCAUAUUGCGGUACAGGGUUUUAAAGAGGGUGCAGCAAGACAUGACAGAAGACGAACUCAACAAGAAGAAACUGCUGCUUGACCAGCUAGAGCGGAGCGAGGCGGAGGCCAGGCGAAUCGAGCAAUAUCUCAGUGGCAGCCAGCAGAUCCAGCCUCCGAGGAGAUCAACAAGCACGAGGGACCCGAACACACAUCGUCGCGAUGGCAGUAACAAAGACACAGCUUCGAUCGACUCGGACUUCCCCCCCACGCACGGUGACCUCUCAUCGGCACCCUCCGCUAACGUCGGGGCGCCCGAGAGGGCAGCGGCUCCCAGCCAUAGAAAGGCGCCGAGCGCAACGUCCUUAACGACCAAGAUCUUUGGCCCGCUCCGCCAUGCAGUCCAGGGGGUGGUGGACGCUGAUCCGGAGAAGACGCGCCGUGACACCAUCACCAGGACCCGCGAAUCGAUUGCGCAGCUCGAGCAGGCCAAGGUCGCGUCGGCACAGGAUGUCAAGGACGCGAGCGCAAGCAUCCUCAAGGACCUCAAGCGGUUCCAGCGAGAGAAGGAGGAUGACCUGAAACGGUACAUGCUUGCGUAUGCCAAGAGCCAGAUCGAGUGGGCAAAGAAGAACAAGGAGACAUGGGAGGAAGCGAAGGCCGAGGUUGAGAAGAUUGACGAGUCGCAGUCUACGUCGUAGGUGGAUGAUUGCCUGCCUCGGCCAGCCAAGG